AUGCGUUUCUCUGCUGCUACCGUCCUGGCCGUCGCCAGCAUUGGCUAUGCCCACGAGGGGCCGUACACGUCCUCCAGCAUGACCGGCAUGGCCUCGUCCUCCUCGCACCACGCCAGCUCGUCCUCGACGCACCCCCCCAGCUCGAGCACCACGCACCACUCCAGCUCGAGCACCACGCACAAGCACAGCAGCGAGCACCAUACCAGCAGCGUCUACACGGAGCGUCCCCACCACUCUAGCAGCGUCCCCCAUGUGAUGUCCUCGUCCUCUUACACCCCCACCAAGAAGCCGUCCAAGCCUUGCCCCAGCGAGUCGACCAAGACGCACCACCCCCACCCCCAUCACUCGUCGUCGGAUCACCACGGCCACCACGGCCACCACACCACGGCCCCUUGCCCGACCCUGACCACCAAGAAGCACCACCACACCGCUACCUACCCCUACCCCACGCCUUCUGGCAACAAGGGCAACGGUAACGGUGGUAACGGUGACAAUGGCAACGGUAACAAGGGCAAUGGCAACGGUGGCAACGGCAACAGCGGCAACAACGGCAACGGUGGCAAUGGUAACAAUGGCAAUGGCAACAACGGCAACGGUGGCAACGGCAACAAUGGCAAUGGCGGUAACGGUGACAAUGGCAAUGGCAACAACGGCAACGGUGACAGUGGCAAUGGUGAUAACGGCAACGGCAACACCGGCACUGGCACUGGCAACCCCAUGCCCACGAUGCCCAUGGUUGUCGCUGGCGGUGCUGCGAAGGUUACCGGCGGUGCUGCCGUCCUUGGUAGCUUCGCUGCUCUCUUCCUCGCUCUGUAA